GCGGCUCCGGCAGCGGCCGCGCCCCCAGCGCAGCGCCCCCGGCCCCCGGCCCCGCCCGGCGCCCGCCAUGGCGCAGACGCUGCAGAUGGAGAUCCCCAAUUUCGGGAACAGCAUCCUGGAGUGCCUGAACGAGCAGCGCCUGCAGGGGCUCUUCUGCGACGUCUCGGUGGUGGUCAAGGGCCACGCCUUCAAAGCCCACCGGGCCGUGCUGGCCGCCAGCAGCUCCUACUUCCGAGACCUCUUCCACAGCUCCAAGAGCGCCGUGGUGGAGCUGCCGGCCGCCGUGCAGCCCCAGAGCUUCCAGCAGAUCCUCAGCUUCUGCUACACCGGGAGGCUGAGCAUGAACGUGGGGGACCAGUUCCUGCUGAUGUACACGGCCGGCUUCCUGCAGAUCCAGGAGAUCAUGGAGAAGGGCACCGAGUUCUUCCUCAAGGUGAGCUCUCCGAGCUGCGACUCGCAGGGGCUGCACGGCGACGAGACGCCGGGCUCGGAGCCGCAGAGCCCGGUGGCGCAGACCUCGGCGGCGCAGGGCUGGCCGGCCGCGCUGCCGCUGGUCUCGCGGGUCAAGACGGAGCAGGGCGAGCCCGACGGCGUGCAGUGCACCUUCGUGGUCAAGCGCCUGUGGGACGGCGCCGCCAAGGACUCCUCAUCCUCCUCUUCCUCCUCGGCCGGCGGUAACGGCAGCAGGAAGAUGGCCAAGUUCUCCGAGGCGGCGCCGCGGCAGAGCGCGCCCGGUUCGGCGGCCGGUACCGCGGUGCCGCCCCCGGUGUCGGUGCCCCGCCGCGCCGGUACCCCGGGCACGGCAGCGGAUCAGACCAGCCCCGGGGGAACGUCCAGCGCCUACACCAGCGACAGCCCGGGCUCCUUUCACAACGAGGAGGAUGAGGAGGAGGACGCGGGAGAGGAAGGCUCGGACGAGCAGUACCGGCAGAUCUGUAACAUGUACACCAUGUACAGCAUGAUGAACGUGGGGCCUGCAGCUGCAGAGAAGGUGGAGGCCCUGCCCGAGCAGCCCCCCCCGGAGCCCCGGGCCCGCGCCCGCCUGCGCCAGGACCUGGCGUCGCUGCCGGCCGAGCUCGUCACCCAGAUCGGGAACCGCUGCCACCCCAAGCUCUACGACGAGGGCGACCCCGCCGAGAAACUGGAGCUGGUCACCGGUACCAACGUGUACAUCACGCGGGCGCAGCUGAUGAACUGCCACGUCAGCGCGGGCACGCGGCACAAGGUGCUGCUGCGCCGCCUGCUCGCCUCCUUCUUCGACAGGAACACGCUGGCCAACAGCUGCGGCACCGGGAUCCGCUCGUCCACCAACGACCCCAGCAGGAAACCGCUGGACAGCCGGGUGCUGCACGCUGUCAAAUGUGAGGAGGGGGCGUCUGGGGGGGGCUUCGGGGGGUGUUGUCUGUAG